AUGCUCACGUACCUGCAGCUCGCCGAGCGCCUGGCGUCGCGGGGCCACCGCGUGUCCUACGUCUCCAUGCCUAGGAACCUCGCGCGCCUCCCGCCACGGCGCCACGCCGUGGACCUCGUGGCGCUCCAGCUCCCGCAAGUGCAGGGCCUCCCCGAGGGCGCCGAGUCCACCAACGACGUCCCCGGCGACAGGCUCGAGCCACUGUGGGAGGCGUUCGACGUCCUCGCCGCGCCGUUCGCGGAGUUCCUGAGCGCCGCGUGCGCCGACGAGGUGAACCGGCGGCUGGACUGGGUGAUGGUCGACACGUUACACGACUGGGCACCCUCUGUCCCCGCGGCUCACAAGGUGCCGUGCGCGAUGCUCCAGCCCAGCGCGGCCACGAUAGCAGCAUGGGCGUGCGGGGCGCGGGACCGCGCACAGCUCGCCGCGGCCUCCAUAUUCGAGCAGCUCACCACCGUGGAAGAGCCACCGGCUGGCGUGCCGCGCCACGAGUGGGAUGGGGAAAGGCGUUGUUCACACCUGUGGGCAGGUCAGGAGCGGACACACGGCCUUGGCAUGGUGACCACGAGCUGGGUGCCGCAGAACACCAUACUGGCGCAAGGUGCCGUCGGCGCGUUCUUGACGCACUGUGGACGGAACUCGCUUACCGAAGGGCUUCUGUAUGGGCACCCUCUGAUCAUGCUGCCAAUCUUCGCCGACCAAGGUCCAAAUGCGCGUCUCAUGGCAGGGAGGAAGUUGUAUUGA